UUAGGAUAAUGUUAGGAACAUUAUCCAAGUCCCAGUCCCAGAUUUUCGCUGCAGCAUUCAAGAGGCAGAGUCACUUGUCUUGCAGUCCCGAGACCUGCAGCUGGAGCAUCUGGUGCUUAAAGACCAUGUCGGGAGACAGGCACUUUGUGGAUAAGCACCGCACCGCGCUGAUCCAGAGUGUGAGCAUGGUGGAACCUAUCCUGGGCGAGCUGCUCAACAGGUCCAUCAUUAACCAGGAGGGCUACAACAAGGUCAUGGCUCAGGGUACCAACCAGGAGAAGAUGAAGGAGCUCUAUGAGGGGCCCCUGAAUGCCUGUGGCCCCAUCGGAAAAGAUAUGUUCUACGAACUUCUUAAGCAACUGGAGCCAUAUCUCAUUUUAGAACUCAAGAAUAAAAAAUAAUCAGAUAAAAACACACACACAAAGUACCAGAGUCCAACAUUUUUAUAAAUAAUUUUACAUGCCAUAGGAAACAUUUUUGCUGAACCCCCUUUUUAAUUCAGUAUAUUUUAGUAUACUAUAAUUUUCCCAUUAGAAAUUAUUCACAAAGUGUGCAGUGGGCCUUUUCCUCCAUGGAAUGACCAUCAUGCAUGUCUGUUAUUUAAUCCUCAUGGCUUUACCCCCCAAAAUAUUGUUGACUCUAAGGUGCUGAUGAAGUAUUUUAUCACUUUUUUUUCUGUUAUGUUGUGAUAAUUUUAC